CGGCGGCUCCGGGCGGAGACAAUCGCGCUGGGAGGCGGUCGCAACCAGAGUGGGAGCCCGAGCGGUGCGGCGCAGACCUGGGGCUGAGCGGGACCCGCUGAGCGGGGCCGGGCGGGAGCCAUGGGCCGUUAGGGCCGGGCCGAGCCCCGCAAUGCCGCCGCCGAAUGGCCCCAGCGUCCUCGCGCGGCUGCUGCCGCUACUGGGGCUGCUACUCGGCGGCGCCUCCCGUGCUCCCGGCAAGUCGCCGCCGGAGACCCCCAGCCCGCAGGGUCACCGCCUCCUCACCUCACCUCUCCAUCGCAGUGGAGGAGGCCCUCCGGCCCUCACAGGCCCAGAGAUCCUGAUCAAGGUGCAGGUGUAUGUGAGUGGAGAGCUGGUGCCCCUGGCCCGGGCCUCAGUGGAUGUGUUUGGGAACCGGAUGCUGCUAGCUGCUGGUACCACGGACUCAGACGGCGUGGCCACACUGCCCCUCAGUUAUCGCCUGGGCACCUGGGUGCUAGUCACAGCUGCCCGCCCUGGCUUCCUCACCAACUCUGUGCCCUGGCGUGUUGACAAGCUGCCCUUGUAUGCAUCAGUCAGCCUCUACCUGCUGCCCGAGCGGCCAGCCACCCUCAUCCUCUAUGAGGACCUUGUGCACAUCCUCUUGGGUUCACCUGGUGCCCGCUCCCAGCCCUGGGUGCAGUUCCAGCGCCGGGCUGCCCGUCUGCCAGUCAGCUCCACCUACAGCCAGCUCUGGGCCUCGCUCACACCAGCCAGCACCCAGCAGGAAAUGCGGGCUUUCCCUGCCUUCGUGGGCACCGAGGCCACCAGCUCAGGCAAUGGCUCCUGGCUGGAGCUGAUGCCCCUGGCUGCUGUGAGUGUACACCUGCUGACAGGCAAUGGGACAGAGGUGCCGCUCUCAGGCCCCAUUCACCUGUCCCUGCCUGUGCCCUCAGAGCCUCGUGCCCUCACGGUGGGCACCAGCAUUCCAGCCUGGAGGUUUGACCCCAAGAGUGGGCUGUGGGUACGCAAUGGCACUGGUGUGAUCCGGAAGGAGGGCCGGCAGCUCUACUGGACCUUCAUCUCCCCCCAGCUGGGGUACUGGGCAGCUGCCAUGGCCUCCCCAACAGCUGGGCUGGUCACUAUCACAUCAGGCAUCCAGGACAUUGGCACCUACCACACCAUCUUCCUGCUCACCAUCCUGGCAGCCCUGGCCCUGCUGGUGCUCGUUCUGCUGUGUCUGCUCAUCUACUACUGCCGGCGGCGCUGCCUAAAGCCGAGGCAACAGCACCGCAAGCUGCAGCUCUCCGGGCCCUCCGACGGUAACAAACGAGACCAGGCCACCUCGAUGUCCCAGCUCCACCUCAUCUGUGGGGGACCUCUGGAACCCGCCCCGUCGGGAGACCCCGAGGCUCCGCCUCCAGGCCCCCUGCACUCGGCCUUCUCCAGCUCCCGGGACUUGGCCGCCUCUCGGGACGACUUCUUCCGCAGCAAGCCGCGUUCUGCCAGCCGUCCGGCCGCUGAGCCUCCAGGUGCCCGCGGGAGUGAGGGCGCCGGGCUCAAGGGCGUCCGCCCCGUCGAGGGUCCCGGCGGGCUGGAGCCAGGCCUAGAGGAGUACCGGCGGGGGCCCUCCGGGACCGCGGCCUUCCUGCACGAACCGCCUUCGCCGCCACCGCCCUUCGAGCACUACCUGGGCCACAAGGGGGCGACCGAGAGCAAGACCCCCGACUUCCUGCUGUCGCAGUCCGUGGACCAGCUGGCGCGGCCGCCGUCCCUCAGCCAGGCUGGACAACUCAUCUUCUGCGGCUCCAUCGACCACCUCAAGGACAGUGUCUACCGCAACGUCAUGCCUACCCUGGUGAUCCCCGCGCACUACGUGCGCCUCGGUUCUGAGGCGGGCGCCGCGGGGGCGAGCGACGAGCCUGCCCCGCCCGAGGUCACGGCUCCCGGCCCGGCGCGCCCUUUUCCCCAGCCCGACCCCCAGCGGCCGCUGAUGCAGGGCCACUCGGGCGCGGGAGGCGAGGGCGGCGGGGGGGGCGGCGGCGAGGGCUGGGGGGGCGGGCGCUCGGCGCCGGUCAGCGGCUCGGUCACUAUCCCGGUGCUGUUCAACGAGUCCACCAUGGCGCAGCUCAACGGGGAGCUGCAGGCGCUGACCGAGAAGAAGCUGCUCGAACUGGGCGUGAAGCCUCACCCGCGCGCCUGGUUUGUGUCCCUCGAUGGGCGUUCCAACUCGCAAGUGCGUCACUCCUACAUCGACCUGCAGGCGGGCGGCGGCGGCCGCAGCACCGACGCCAGCCUGGACUCGGGUGUCGACGUGCACGAGGCGCGGCCUGUGCGCCGGCGGCCCCUGCGCGAGGAACGGGAGCGCGCUCCGACGACCGCCCCGCUGCCUCCCCCUGCGCCCCCGCGCCUGGCGCUCAGCGAGGACACGGAGCCCAGCAGCAGCGAGAGCCGCACGGGUCUCUGCUCCCCAGAGGACAACUCGCUGACCCCGCUGCUGGACGAAGUGGCGGCGCCCGAGGGCAGAGCGGCCACGGUGCCCCGGGGUCGGGGCCGCAGCCGCGGGGACAGUUCCCGCAGCAGCGCCAGCGAGCUGCGGCGCGACUCUCUCACCAGCCCAGAGGACGAGCUGGGGGCGGAGGUGGGGGACGAGGCUGGCGACAAGAAGAGCCCGUGGCAGCGGCGGGAGGAGCGGCCGCUUAUGGUGUUCAACGUCAAGUAGCGCCGGGGCCAGAUCUGGCGCAGCCUCCGAGUCGGCCCCCGCCCCUUCCGCCCAGGCAUGCCCCCAGGGUGCGUGCCCCGGCGGCUGCGGGGGCACUCGCUCUUAGUCCCCAGCCCGGAUAGGUGCCCAGGAGUCUGCGGAGCUGUCCAGUGGUAUGUGCUGGGUAAUGUCGUGGGUGGGACUCUAUGUCGGCCUCCAAGAGGGAGGUGGGAGGGUUCCAGACCCAUUGGGAGGUGCUGGGGAGGAGGGCUGGGAGGGGGGAAGCAGUGCCUGCAUAAACGUGGCUGUACAUAGAAAGCUCUGUCGUGGGAAUGCAGGAGGGACAACCCGGCCUCAGCUGCUAGUGUGAGGGCUGGGAGGGGAGGGGGUGCUGCUGACUGACUAGUCCACCUCUGGGCUAUGAUGUCACAGGACUGGUGGCUGGGGCAGCUCUGGGGUCUAGGGGAUAAUGUGAUGGGAUCGCUGUGGACAACAGCAAAUAUAAAACUGGUGACAUUAA